AUGCGUUGUACGGCACUUGUUGCUGGUUUUAAUUCUUGGAAUUAUUUGUUUCCAAAAUUUAAGUCAAGUUUCUACCGCUGGGAUAAGACUCAAAGAGAAAAGUUAACCCUUCAAGCUAAAAAAGAGGAAAAAAAACCUAUGAUUAAGGUUGUGUUUGUGUGUGAGUGA